AAUUUUAACUGAACAUAUUUUGUUAUAUCAGAUGAUAGGAAUUGUAGAAAGAGGAGCUAAUUAUUUCCCAUUAAGGAUAUUUUCACAUAACACUGAAAAGUUUUAUUUAAAUCAAACAAGAAUAUAUUUUAUUAUAUUUUUAAACUUUAUAUAUUGAAGAUAAAUGCGGGAAUCUAUCCGUAAAUUACAAUCAUCCUCCCGUGACAAAAUCAUAUCUUCUAAUGAAGAUUUUAAUUUGUCGCAAUCUCCACUCCCACCAAGCAAUUUUAACAAACCUCAAUACUCAAGAGGCUCCAAAAUUAUCCAGAUUAAAGGGGAAUCAAAUAUGGAAUCUAGUUCAUCUAGCAGAUAUGGAUGGCUAGAUUGGAGACCAGAAUUCCUACAAGAUUUUUUGAUUAGAAAUUAUGGGCUUUGGCCCUUCUUGGCAGUUAUUUCCUAUUGUGCUUGCAUUGAGGGUUUUAUUGUCAAUGGCAUGAUUAAUGUCAUAGUGACAAGCAUAGAAAAACAAUUUCAAAUGAGCAGCAGCUUAGCUGGUGCUAUUGUAAGUGCAUAUGACAUAUCUUUCUUAUUAUUUGCUACACCUGUGUCAUUUUUGGGUGGUCAAAGUAAAAAAUCAUUAGAAAAUUAUUCAGGCAAAAUCAAAAUUUGGCUCAAAAUUAAGGGACUUCUCUCUGGCAACAAAAUUCGCAUUCUAUCAUCUGGCAUGUUUUUUAUGGGUCUUGGAUCUUUGAUAUUUGCCACACCUCAAUUCAUAUCCCCACCUUAUUUAAAUUCCCCUAUCACCACAAAUUCAUCUCUCUCAGUCAUCGAAUUAUGUCAUUCUAGAAUCCAUGCUCAGUCAAUCAAAGGAAAUUACUCUAACUUCAAACCAAACUCUGAACUGGAAACCAAUUCUCCAAAAAAUUUGUUCUACCAAACGACAACCUUUUAUUUUUUGCUCUUCUUUAUUGGAAAUUUUUUUCAUGGCAUAGGUUCCUGUCCUUUAUAUACACUGGGAGUGACAUACAUAGAUGAAAAUGUGCCAGCCGAGAGUGUUUCCUUCUACUUAGGCUUAUACUAUGCUAUUUCUGUAUUGGGUCCAGCUCUUGGAUUCCUUUUUGGAGCCUUUGCGUUGAGUUUCCCUGUUGACCUUUGGAAAUUGCCUUAUAAUAAUCCCUUCAUGAGGGAUGCAAAAGCCACGGACCCGAAUUGGGUGGGAGCCUGGUGGAUGGGUUUUUUAUUUUCCGUUCUCUUUUCUUGGGUGAUCUGCUUACCCCUAUCCGGAUUUCCUACCACCUUCCCCGGCAUGUCGCAACUAUUCGCCACCAGGCCUAGGCAACCUUUCAGAAUUUCUAACCUCAAACCGGAUCGCGAUAACACCAACCUAGACUCCCAGACUGGUAACAAGAAAAUCAUGGUUCUUCAAAAGUCAAAAAAUGACGACAACGAUUCACGGAAACCAAUUGACGAACUCCCCUUAGAUACAUCAACUAUCAUCCAUACGGAUGAUUCUGUGAAAUCCGAAGAUAAUGAGGGCUUAGGCUGGUUCCCGUCAAUCAUGAAUCUUCUCCAGAAUCGAGCCUUUCUCUUCGUAACUCUUGGUGGUUCGGCUGACGGUCUAUUUCUCAACGGGUUUUCUGCCUUUUUACCCAAAUAUCUAGAAAUACAAUUUGAUGUACCCUCCAAAACCGCAGCACUUUGGGUUGGGGUCGUUACAAUUCCCGCUGGACUGAUGGGAAUGUUUUUAGGAGGGUACCUGAUCCAGAGAUUCAACGUUAAUUUGAAGAAUAUGUUGAAACUAGUAUUCGUAGCUUCGUUGUGCAAUUUCGCCUGCAUGUUCGCUCUCUUGAUUUAUUGUCCCGAAAGUUAUCUCGCAGGGAUCAACCACGAAUACAACUUUCCUACAAUACCGGAAGAAGCUCAUCUACCUCCUCCCGCAUGGUUCAAUGGUACUGUUACGUUCCCAAGAUCACAAGGCAUAGAGUCGAUACGCUCAAUCGAACUUGCCAAUCCUUGUAACGGUCAUUGCGAAUGCAUGCUAAAAUAUCAACCGGUUUGCGAUGUCGACCGAAGCCUGACUUAUCAUUCCGCCUGCUAUGCCGGGUGCUCGGCUCAAGCUAGCAAGUUAGAAUCAGGCGCCGACAAGUUUUUCAAGGAUUGCUUAUGCAUCGCUUCCCGCUCGCCUUCAUUAUUUUCUACAAUAUCCGCAACACCUCCCCAUGGACGACAGGAAUUCACGUUUUCAAUUACACCCCCACCAACACGAGGCACAAGACGUAUCCCCGGUACCCCGGAACACCAGCCUACCACGAGACGCCCGCCUAUCCCGGGAUUCCCGGAUACUAGCAAUUUUAAUGGCGUAGCUAAAUCCGGGAAAUGCAAUGUAAGAUGCGGGCAAGGCCUUAACAAAUUAUUUUCCCCGAGAAGAAUACAAUCACAAACGAUCGAUCCCGAAGAAUGGAAGGAAGCUUACGAGGGAAACGCGUCGCGAUACAUGAUCGUUUUUUUGUGCUUCAUGUUCUUAGCCCUUUUUUUUCUGUUGAUGGUGGCUGUGAUUAGCGUGAAUGCCACUCUCAAAUGCGUGGAAAGUUCCGAAAAUUCUUUGGCCAUGGGAAUUCAAUGGGUGUUUGUUAGACUUUUAGGAAGUAUACCAGGGCCUAUCAUUUUUGGGAAGAUCAUCGAUCUCAAUUGUCUACUCUGGGAUAUACCGUACCCCAUGGACCAGGUGCAUAACCCGUCGUUUAUAUUCGAGUACGGGUCCUGCAAUCUCUACAACAACAAAAAAACGGCGCUAAGUCUUUUGGCAAUUACCGUGAUCUGCAAAUGUAUAGCCCAAACCUUUUACGGGCUAUCUUACUAUUAUUACGCCAAGUAUCAUUACAAAGAGAAAGCCAAGAGUUAUAUCGAGAAUGAUUAUAAAAACAAUUGGACCAAACGGGUUGACAGCGAAGAGGGGGUUAUCGACGCUAGACAUUCUACUAAUGAAUGAAUGAACAUUUAAUGCUUUUUUGAUGAGACAUACGCCAUUUUUUUUAAAAAACGAAAUAUAUCUCAUUUUUGUGUUUGCGCCUAUUCGAAACAACAGAUAUUUAUUUUGUAACUUCUAAUUUAUGCGUAUUCUUUUUCCCUGCUAGAUUUUUUUUUGCAAUACAUUAUUCUCCCGAUUAUAACAAUUAAAGUUUACGUAUUUUUUUAUUACAAAAAAAUGGUUCCUCAAUCAUAUUUCUUUUUUUAAAAAAAACAGUUUAAAAUAUACUCAUUUUCCUUCAUUCAUCGUGUGGCAGUAAAAAAUGCAAUGUAUAUCGCAUCUAUUUUAUUAAAAAUAUUCAUAAAAUUAUUCGAAGUAAUGCGUAUCAUAAACACUUAAAAAAAUAUAAAAUAUUAUUUAAUACUUUAUCUGUGGUAUCUUAAAAGGUGCUGUUUGCUUACUUUUAAGGAAUUUGUUUUUUUUUGUGGAUUUGUUUUUUUUUAUCCCAAAGGAGUGUUUGAAACUGUGAUAAUAUAUUAUAUAUACUAUAUUUAAAUUGUCAAUGAAAAUUCGAUUAAAUCCUUUCAGGUCACAAAAGAUAAAAUUACUUUUUCCUCUCUUUUUUUUAUUCGAGCCUCAAAUUUUCGUUGUAGCAAAAAAAUAAAUUAUUUUUAAUCUAUUUUUUUUUUAAAAAAAACAAUUUUAUUAAAAUUUCCAAUAUAUUUAUAUAAUUGUAUCAAAAAACGGAAAUUUUUAUUCGCUCAAUCUUUAUGAAAGAUUUAUUUAAUUUUUUUUAUAUAAUUAUAUUACAUAUUUUCGAAAAGAAUUAAUGCAAAAUGAACAAAAGGAACAACAAUUGUAUUAUAAAUUUUAAGAUUUUAAUUUGAUUGCUGAUAGACGGAAUUUAAAUUUUUUUAAAAUAUUAUAUUUGAAACUAACAUAAUGCACAAAAAAAUAGAUACGAUAUACAAUAUAAUUACAAAUUACCUGUUGCAAUCAAGUAUUAUACAUUAUUGUUU